GAAGGGCAGUAGGAUCUAGAUAACACCGACUUAGUGUGAGGUUAUUGCUGCUCCCUAUGCGCGUGUUUUACUGGGUGCGGAAUGAUAUUGCACUUUCUGAAAAAGUAUAUAAAGAGAGGCAGAAGGAUGUUAUACAGAUUAGUUUGAGAGCCGGAGCGGUAAACAGUAUUUAAAAAUCACAACAUGAGUAAAUGCAAGAUCUGGACCUUAAAGGCUGGCUUUCAGGGCCAAGCCAAACGAUCGGAUUUUCAACUGGUGGAAGGAGACCUGCCUACUCACCUUAACGACGGAGAAUUGGUAUGCGAGGCGCUAUACCUGUCAGUGGACCCGUAUAUGAGAUUAUUUUCGGAUUGGUCAAAAGUUGGCGAGCCUAUCGUCGGGGAGCAAGUGGCGAGGGUGACGGCCAGUAAGAACGCCAAGUAUCCAGUCGGUACCACCAUCCGUCUGUCGUCAGGCUGGAGAUCGCAUACCCAUGUCAGAGAUGUGUCCACGAUUGACGUUAUGCCCGAACUGGGUGAUCUCCCCUUGUCAUUGACACUAGGGGUAAUGGGAAUGCCUGGGAUGACGGCGUAUUUUACUUUGGUUGACGUGCUGAAAUUAAGAAAAGGAGAGACCCUCCUCGUAAGCGGUGCGGCAGGUGCGGUAGGGAGUCUCGCCGGACAGAUCGGGAAAAUAAUAGGUUGUACGGUGAUUGGGGUUGCCGGGUCGGACGCAAAGGUCCAGUGGCUGAAGGAACUGGGCUUUGAUCACGCCUUUAACUACAAGACGGAAGACAUUGGCAAGUCUAUCGAGAAGGUGGCUCCGGAAGGCGUACACUGUUACUGUGAUAUGGUCGGCGGAGAAAUCAGUUUCCAAGCCAUAAAACGCAUGAGGAACCACGGCCGCAUGGUGGUGUUAGGGUCUAUAUCGACGUACAACACCACAAACCCCACGGGUCCAUAUCUCUUCACGGAUAUCCUCACCAAGUCACUGACAAUAACUGGGUUCAUCAUUUUCAAUAUCCGAGAAAAAUGGCAUAUUGGCGAGAAACAAAUGGCAGAAUGGAUUAAACAGGGUAAACUGAAAUAUAGGGAGACAAUAACCGACGGAUUUGAACACAUGCCGGAAGCCUUCCUCGGACUGUUCGAAGGGAAAAACACCGGCAAAGCUGUCGUGAAAGCGUGAUCGGUUUGGACAUUACAAAAAAACUUUGAAUACUAGGUUUAAGAAUUCUCUCUGCUUAAUGUAGAUUUGUUUAGUCCAAGCAUUUCAAGACGUAGAACUUGUGUGGGCAGCAUUAUUUGAUUUUGUACAUCAACAACUUAGCUAUGUAGGAACCGGUUUGAAUCUUGUUUUAUCACAAGCGUUACGAAACAAUAUAUGCCGACACAUUUCAUAUUAAAGAACAAAUAGUUUCAGGACGUCAUUGCAUUGUUCAUCGUAACAUCAGGUGCACACGAGGUCACGUUUUCCCUCCAAUAGUUUCAAUAUAUCUAUUUAUUUAUUGGGCAAAGUAUAAAAUGGCAAAAGUGAGAUGUCUGCUUUAUUGACAUUGCAUAUUGAUGUUUAGUGUAGGUCUUUGUUGACAGUAAAGUGUAACAUAUCUAAUUUUGAACUGUAUGUAAGCUGAUGAAAGUAAUAAAGAGCUUGAAUUUUUAAAG